UGACCAAUCAGCAUUUAGGACGUAGACGUUGCGCUUAUAAAUGACAAGGUGACAGUCUUUUUCGUUCUACAUUCAUUGACUGCCGUUGUGUGCGAGUGCAGCUAAUCCCGGACCCUCCGAAAACCCCCUAACGAACCGGUUCCAGCCAUGUAUGCCUGCGCUAAGUUUGUCACCUCUCCUGCCCUGCUGCGAGGGGGGUCCAGAGUCCUCGCCCGACCAGUCUCCGUCUCCCUGUUCAACAGACCUGAAGUCACAGUGGAUCAGCAGGCUCUGUUGCCAGUUGGUCAGUCUGCAGUCCUGUCCCGCUCGUUCCAGACCAGUGCCAUUUCUCGGGACAUUGACACUGCUGCAAAGUUCAUUGGUGCUGGUGCUGCCACAGUGGGUGUAGCUGGCUCAGGAGCCGGAAUCGGAACGGUGUUUGGCAGCCUCAUCAUUGGCUAUGCCAGGAACCCGUCCCUAAAGCAGCAGCUCUUUUCCUAUGCCAUCCUGGGCUUUGCUCUGUCUGAGGCUAUGGGUCUGUUCUGUCUGAUGGUGGCGUUCCUCAUCUUGUUUGCCAUGUAAACGUGGAAACACACCAGCGCCUCUCCCCUUCACUUCCCCUUUGCCCAUAUAUUUGUAUCCUUAGCCUCCUUGCUCCCUCCUCUUUCCCUUGCUUCCGUCUGGAGAGGGGUUUCCAGAGUGGGAGCUCUGAACGAGCCGAUGGGCCAUUCCAAUCAACAAAUAAAGGAAAAAUAUUUACAUCUGAUGUGAACAGUCUUCAAUUCAACAUUUUUAUGUUCCUACACUUUUGCUGGGUUUUAUGAAAGACCUGGCUUCUGUUAAAGUCUGUUCAAAAUAAAUGGUUGGAUAACUAA